AUGGAAUUAAGGCAUAACACUCACCUGUCGUCAUCACCGUCGGCUUCGUCACAUCAGAGGUGUCCCGCAACCGGAACCAAUAUCCAGCCCAUAGCUAACAGUGGAGAUUUGUUGCUACCCCGCUCCUUCACGGGAAUCGUGUGCAUGCGAAAAAAUAACCUCGCGAAUCUACCGAACAUUUGCGAGAAAUUGAGGGCUAUUUUCGGUGUUCAGCUACAGGAAAUCUUCUACACUGCGGAUGAACAGCACUACCAGCAGCAACAGUUUGCCACUUUCCAGGUUCUGGUUUUGGACGAAGGUUCCGGAUGCUCGGGAAGCGUAGCUUCGCCCCUGACCAACGGUGACCUAAUCUGUCAAAUUCAGCAAUUCAUUGACUCGCUUUGUACGAAUGAGGCUGAGGACUCUAGUUAUGACAGCGACUGCGACGGAGAGGACCUUUCGCACGAGCAAGUGUCCCGUACGACGAGUGACACGCUCGGCCAGGAAUUCGCUGAGUACGUAAGUGUCAGCACUGCAGCCGGGACUCACCAGCAAGGACACCAUGGCAAGGACGUCUCGCCUACAGCAGCAGUAUCCCCGACCACGACGUCCGUCCCCGAGCAUUCCCCGGGUUACCAGCAGCGGGUGGAAUUUGCGCUUAAACUCGGUUACACCGAAAAAUUGGUGCAAGCAGCGCUGCAGCGGUUGGGACCCAAUCCGGCUCAAAACGAGCUUCUCGCGGAGCUGAUCAAGCUUGGCUCGCAACCUGGUGCGAAAUGCGGCAGCGAGUUUACGGCCGACUGCCACGCGCACCACGGUAUUGGCGAGGCGGGAGGACACGGGCUUGGGACCGAGCUGCCGACUUCCGUAUCCGGUCUGGGGAUCCCUUCUUCGUCGAGUGCCUGUGAAGAAUCUCUGCGCCCGAUCGUGAUAGACGGGAGCAAUGUGGCGAUGAGCCACGGUAACAAAGAGGUCUUCUCCUGCCGCGGUAUCCGACUGUGUGUGGAUUGGUUCAAGAACCGAGGCCACAAGGACAUCACCGUGUUUGUGCCCAAGUGGCGUAAGGAGAGCUCGCGUCCUGACAACCCCGUCAAAGAUGGCGAGAUGUUGAACGAGCUGGAGAAAGAGCGAAUGUUGGUAUUCACGCCUUCGCGACUGGUCGGUGGAAAGAGAAUGGUGUGUUACGAUGAUCGAUACAUUUUAAAACUAGCAGCAGACAACGAUGGCAUCGUCGUGUCGAACGACAAUUAUCGCGACCUGGUGCAGGAGAGUUCUGAGUUCAAGAAGGUCGUCGAAGAGCGCGUACUGAUGUACUCGUUCGUAAACGAUCGUUUCAUGCCGCCAGACGAUCCGCUGGGCCGCUCAGGACCCACCCUGGAGAACUUCCUGAGGAAGCAGCCUCGCAAGGGCGACCCGCCGCCUCCCUGCCCGUACGGCAAGAAGUGCACCUAUGGAAAUAAGUGCAAAUUCUACCAUCCGGAACGGGGCAGUCUGCCACACAAGUCUGUCACCGAGCGCUUGUCGGAGUACGCGGCGCGGCAUCUACAGGCGCGAAACGGACACGACCAGCAAGCGGGAUGCACGGGAAUCGGAGCUGGAGGCCGCAGCGCGGUUCAAAGGAAAUCACUCAGUGUUCCCCUAAGUAACAACAGCAACGAGACUAGUCCCACUAAUGACAAACGGAAAACAUUGUGUCGUACGAGAUCGAAUGUGCCGUCUGAUAGUACGAGCUCCACAUACGGUAUUAGUCAUGGAGCAGUUCACCACUCGGACUUAAUACCACCUGUACAUGCGUUGCCGCAUCAAGUGGCACGUCAGCAGCAACAGCAACCGGCUUCAUCCCAACAAAUGCCUUUCCAUACUUCACCAGUGGCCAGUAAUAUGCCUCUCUCUUGGGACCCGUCGGCACAGCAGCAACAGCAGCAGCUUCAUCAACACGCCAGUAUGGUGGACGUGCAACAGAUAUUCCCUAAAUCUCAUAGCAUAGAAAACGUGUCUAACGAGCCACCGUAUGGUGGUGGCGGAGGACACCGCGCAGGUCUUCAUCAUGCUGGCUGCUAUGGCGGUGGAGCUCAGGCACUGUGGCCGCGGCAGCAACAACCCUCCCAACCACCUCCGCAACAGCAAACCGUGACAGGGGCCAGUGGACAGGGGGCUAUCGGUGCAGGUGCAGGAGGUAGUGGAAGUGUCGGGUCAUCGUCAGCCGGGCAGCCUGCUCCGUCUCUGGAUCCGAGCGACCCUAGCGGACUAGUGGAUAGUGUGAAUCUACACCGCAAGCUGCAACGCCAGCUCACGCUCAAUCCCGCUGGAUGUGACCCUCGCAUUUAUCAGAUGCAAAGGCUUCAGCAGCAAUCGUCCCAACAGCAGUCGCAGCAGCAGCAAGGCGCUUCCCAGCAGCCAUCGCCACAUGCUGCGGUAAUUCAGCAGCUCUCCCCUCACCGUCCGUUGGCCCCUUCGCUGAGCGGAGGUGCACGUCCAUCUGCUGCCUCCCAGUGGGAAUUGCAUCAGCAUGUAACUCGCAUUGCUUCGGCUCCGGAUUCCAGUCGGCCUUGGGGUCACAACGGUCCACCACCGGGUUCAUCUUCCGAACCGCAAAUCAACCUCGGUUGGUCGCCCACUGCCAGCCCAGGGGGGCCGACACCAGCGCAGCAACAUCACCAUCAGCAGCAGCAAGACCGUUGCCGGUUGCACUAUCAUUUGGCCAGUAUAUUUCCCGAGGACCAGGUGCAAACCGUCAUGCAAAUGCUACCGGACGAGACAAACCCACAAAAAAUUUGUGCCGCCAUCCUGGCCAUGUAUCAAAAGAUGUAAAUUCGACGGCGAACAGGCAACGAGUCUAACUCCCUUCUCUGCCGUCGUCACCUCUGACGCAAGGAAUACUCAAACACUCCGUAGUGUUAAGCAAUAUUUGUUCAAUUUUCUACCCUUGGGCAUGACUUUACCUAUCGUUAUCGUCUCAUACGCUCGCCCACAAGCCAGGAUUUUGGCGAGAGGCCGCGCCCGUACUGUAUUAGGUAACGCGCGAUAUCAUUUUAAUUUAACAUUACUGUUAUCGUUUGACUUAAUGCGACGAGAUAGAGCAUAUCGGGAUGU